CUGCUCAGCUGUUCUCUGCGGCAGGAACUCACCUGUCUGCAGUCUCUGGUCAGCCCCUGUACUGUGUCCGCAGUCUCUGGUCAGCCCCUGUACUGUGUCCGCAGUCUCUGGUCAGCCCCUGUACUGUGUCCGCAGUCUCUGGUCAGCCCCUGUACUGUGUCCGCAGUCUCUGGUCAGCCCCUGUACUGUGUCCGCAGUCUCUGGUCAGCCCCUGUACUGUGUCCGCAGUCUCUGGUCAGCCCCUGUACUGUGUCCGCAGUCUCUGGUCAGCCCCUGUACUGUGUCCGCAGUCUCUGGUCAGCCCCUGUA